AAUAUCUUUUGUAAAACAUAGAAUUCAACGCAAUUAUUUCCAAACAACUUCUUAAGUCAACAAUUGACUCCAAAAUUAAACUUCCUUAAUAACAAACAAAGAAAAACAAAGAAGAAGAUCAAAGAGAAGGAUCAUGGAGAUUAGCCACUUACCACAAGAGUGCAUCGCUUUGAUAAUAUCUCUAACAACACCAAGAGAUGCUUGCAGAUCAUCCUUGGUAUCUCCUCUCUUCAGAUCAGUUGCCGAUUCCGAUGUCGUUUGGCAAAAAUUCCUCCCAUCCGAUUACCAAAACCUCAUCUCUCAUUCUGUCGUUUUUCCUCAAACGACAACAAUCACCUCAAAGAAGAGUCUCUACUUUCAUCUCUCUAGCAAUCCUACUCUCAUCGGCGACGAUCGCAAUCUGAGCUUUUCUAUUGAUAGAGAAAGUGGGAAGAAGUGUUUCAUGGUUGGAGCUAGAAAGCUUGAGAUUAUAUGGGGUGAUACUCCUCAUUACUGGAGAUGGAUAUCUUUACCUGAAUCUAGGUUCCCUGAAGUGGCACUACUCAAUGUUGUAUGGUGGCUUCAUGUGUCAGCAAAGUUGGAAACAAAAAUUCUAUCCCCAAAAACAACAUACACAGCUUACCUUGUGUUCAAGCUUGAAGAAAACCAGUACAAUUUCGAUAGAAGACCAGUUGAGCUUCGAAUUCAAUUAGAAGGAAGAGAAGAAAUGGAGGGUUUUAAUGUGUUCUUAAAACCUCCUAGAAACAACAUCAACAACAACAUGACCCUAAUUCCUCAAGAUAGAGGAGAUGGGUGGAAGGAGAUUGAAAUGGGUCAUUUCUUCAAUGAAGAUGGUGAUCAUGAUUUAGUGUUGUGUACUCUCAAAGAGGUUAGUUGUGCUACUUCUUGGUCUGGCCUCAUUUUGGAGGGAAUUGAGUUUAGGCCUACACCUCCCACAUAAAUAUCUAUGUCUAUAUCUAUAGACUAUUACAUGUGGUAUGUAUAUAUAUACAAUUUGGGUGUGAUUUUUGAUGUCUUUGUUCUUUAAACUCUUUAUUUUGGUAAAGAAAUUGAAGUUGUUGUGUAUUUGCUAAUGUCCCACAUAGACAUAUUUUUAUUUAUAAGAUCUAAAUUUCACCUUUUUAUUGA